AUGAUUAAACCACAACAACUUAAGGCACAAAACACCCAGGUCCUUCAGACCAUUACAUACGCCAUAUAUGCAUAUAAUUCAAAGACGGCAGAACAAACGCAAAGGUUGAAAUAUGGAGAUUUGGAGAUAGUAUUGAAAAAUGAACAUUUCGAAUUCGUUUGCAAAGGUGGUGCAGUGAUAUCAAAUAUAAAAGAAAUUUUAUUUAUGAAUUCAAAAAUUAAAGGAAUAACGGAUGAUAUAACAUCAAUUCCACCAGAAGAACAGAGAUAUUACGCAUUAAAUGCAUUUCCUAAAGUUUUGAAGAUUGGAAGAUUUAAUUUAAAUGAGGAAUUCAUAGAAGGUUUCCUAAACGACAUAAUGAAGAAGGCAGAUAAGGAAUAUGUGGAUAGUGAAUUAAUGAAGAAGGCAAAUUUGGUUUAUGUUGAUAGUGAGUUAAAUAAGAAGGCAGAUAAGGAAUAUGUUGAUAGUGAAUUAAAUAAGAAGGCAGAUAAAACUUAUGUGGAUAGUGAAUUAAUGAAGAAGGCAAAUUUGGUUUAUGUUGAUAGUGAGUUAAAUAAGAAGGCAGAUAAGGAAUAUGUUGAUAGUGAAUUAAAUAAGAAGGCAGAUAAAACUUAUGUGGAUAGUGAAUUAAUGAAGAAGGCAAAUUUGGUUUAUGUUGAUAGUGAGUUAAAUAAGAAGGCAGAUAAGGAAUAUGUUGAUAGUGAAUUAAAUAAGAAGGCAGAUAAAACUUAUGUGGAUGAAAAAGAUAAUGAAAUAUAUGAAAAAAUUAAAGAAAGGGUUGAAUGGUAUCAUAAAUGGACAUUGAAGACUUUUAAAUUUAAAGCUGAUACAGGGUGGGUUUCAGGAUGUUUAGAUCUUAAAGCAGAUAAAACUUAUGUUAACGAUGAGUUAAAUAAGAAGGCAGAUAAAACUUAUGUGGAUAGUGAAUUAAUGAAGAAGGCAAAUUUGGUUUAUGUUGAUAGUGAGUUAAAUAAGAAGGCAGAUAAGGAAUAUGUUGAUAGUGAAUUAAAUAAGAAGGCAGAUAAAACUUAUGUGGAUGAAAAAGAUAAUGAAAUAUAUGAAAAAAUUAAAGAAAGGGUUGAAUGGUAUCAUAAAUGGACAUUGAAGACUUUUAAAUUUAAAGCUGAUACAGGGUGGGUUUCAGGAUGUUUAGAUCUUAAAGCAGAUAAAACUUAUGUUAACGAUGAGUUAAAUAAGAAGGCAGAUAAAACUUAUGUUAACGAAAUAUACCAAAGUUUGAUAGGAACAACAAAAAAUAUUGAAACUAUUGUUGGGGAUGUUUCUAUCUAUGAAGAAAACAAAUAUUUUAGAUGGGAGUUUGUACACUCCUUAAAAAAUGGUAUACGGUAUAAACUCAUUCCGAAAAAUAACAAUGAAAUGUAUGUAGGCUAUAUAAAGAAUAAUGGUACACAAGUUAAAGUUCCAUUAGACAACAACUGCUACUUAAACUUAUAUGGAGACGAACAAAAGAAAUAUUUAAGAGUUUAUGAAAUGGUAGAUAUGACUUUGGCUGACCCAGCUCUAGCACCAUAUUAUUAUGACUAUGGAGAUGACGACAGAACACCACAU